AUGGAUUGGGACUACAGUGACCGGUUCUUGGGCUUGUUGAGAAGAAACAAUUAUGUGAUAGUGCUUUGUAGACUGGAAGAAAACUGGGCAGGAGCCUCCCAUGGCCUGUGCCCGCACAUCACCCCAGGUGACCCUCUGGUGACCGAAGAAAUUGCCGAGCCCACUGAAUUGCCCUUUGUCAAUGGUCCAACACUAAGAAAAGUGGAGACCUGGACCCUCAGAGCGUGGUGA